UAUUUUGAAGACAGGAAGGUUUGGAACUAGGAGAUAUUCAACGAUCAAAAGGCAGAAUUUUAAACUGGGUGGUCUUGUUGUAGCCAAAUAAGGGAAACUGGGGUGACCUUGUGGGCACGACCUUGUAAAAACAAGAUGGUGGUCAGAUAGUGGAACAUUGUGUUAGCACAUAGCAAGUCUGUGUAAGCUAACCUUUGACCCAGAGUAUAUGUUAACAUUGCAAGUUGGCAAAAUAGAUCUUUCACAAACAGGGUUCUAUUUCCAGUCAAGUCAUGUCACGUCGGCUGAAAGACAUUUUCUAGCGGUGAAAUUAUCUUGGAGAGCUCGGAAAAGGUUUGCUAAUUAGAAGACAGGCAGUUUGAAAACCUACAUAGACAAUUGGGCUCCAAACUGUCUACAGUGUUUGAAUAUAUGAAUUGCAAGUAGGGAUCAGCUUGAAGAGCAGAACUUGGUAAUUGUUAAGGACUUGUUCAAGCAGACGUUUGGAAUUGUAUCAUCUAAAUUUUAGAACACGCUUAUUACUGAGUCGUUACAAGGAAACAUCUUGUAGAGGAGAAUUUAGUAGAUUCCUACAAAAGCUCUUAAGGCAAUUACUUGGACUUUCUUAAGUGUUGCAAGAAGGAAACGAUUUAAGGAGUGGAAUUCUUGAAGGAACACCCUUAAAUUAAGUUGUUACAAGGAAACAUCUUGUAGAGGAGAAUUAAUUGGAAUUUCUGCUAUUUGAUUGAGGAAUUACUUGGACUCCGGAGUUUCUUAAGUGUUGCAAGAAGAAAAGGAUUUAAAGAAAUUUUGGGACUCCUAAGAAAGCUACUGGAGGAAUUACUUGGAAUUUCUUAAGGAGCGGAAUUCUUGAAGGAUUGUUGAUGCGAGUCAUGCCAGUCAGAGCGAUGCGGAAUGGACAGGAAGACUUGUUCGCUUCCCCGGGGGGUGGGGAGAGCUUCCCCAGGGCCCCCCUCGGGCCCUUCCUCUCAAACAGUCUCGACUCCAACACUUCCUACGAAGACAUCGAUGGAGACAACAACCGAAAAUGUCUCCGUUCCCCGUUCGUAUCCGAAGAAGAUCUGGACAGCCGGAUGUUUAUUGAGGGAGAACCUCUUUCCAUGCUGUUCACUCAAAAUCUCGAUCUAAACAACGACAUAUUAAACAUGAAGAAGCCAAUCGCGAAGGACAACUGGCAACACAUGAGCGCCGACAGUUUAAACGAAAACUACCAAUCGCCGGUGACAACGGGAAAAGCAAACGUUGCCGCCAUGUUAAAAUCGCACCCCUCUCCCAACACUGCUAACGGGAACAUGGAAGCUUUGCAAGAGUCCAGCAUCACGAGUGACGCUACUACAGAAAACGGCUUGGACGAAGAGGAAGAAACUUCCUUUGAGUACACAAAACUCACAAACGACGUCACAGAGCCAGGUGAUCUUUGCUCCAACGAUUCCACCACGCCCAAGGAGGGUAGAAACGGAAACGUGCGGAUGUAUUCCUUCCCGAAAUACUCGGAUGAUCAUGAAUUUUCCCAGAACAUUGCCGUGGAGAUGUUACAACGUCAGGGCGGUGGCGGGCUGCACUCCAGCCUCGAGGUGAACUGUUCCAACAGCGUCAACGCUUCUCCCUGGUCGGACUCGCAUUCCUCUUACGAGUCAAACGAUUCGUACAACAACGCGUACGGACACGAUUCGGCUUUCCUGUGGGAGGGAGUGGAUGAGUAUUGUGACAGUCACACCACAAGUGGGGAAGAGUUCCAGCUUGCUGUACACAGGCUGAGCGCAUCGUGCCCAAAAAUGGACCGCCUGCGAUGCCGCGACCGCCACUCGUACCCGCCCUGUCAGUCCUCCCGCCACGGCUACACCGUCAUCGUGGACGGCUUCGAAAACGGUGAUCUCCAGCACAGCAUCUCGUAUCCCGUGGCAACGAUGAAAACCCCGGAAGGGUACUACCUACAGGCUCCGCUGAAUAGUCAUAAAUACAGGGCGAGAAAUCGAAGGAGAGAGAAUUCGAAAUCGCGUGGGAGAACCAAGAGCACAAUGGAAGGGAAGACUCCGUCACCGUUUAACCUAAAGAAGAGCAGGUCGAAGAGCUACGAGAAGCUUUCGUCGGAGAUCUUCGCGCGGUGGAGCAUGGAGAGUUCGGGUUUCAGUAAAAGCCAUGGCAACAGUAGCCAUAGCAACUGCAGCAGUCUCGUCGACGACGGGAUGCAGAGGAGUCCGUUGCCGUCGGUUACGCGGGCGCACUCGUUCGGGAGCGCGGACCUGAACCGGAGAGAACGCCCGACGGUUUCGCGCGCGCACUCCAUGAGCAGCGCAGACAGAAGCUCAAGUUCAUCUCCAACCAGCAAGCUAAAGAAGGAUACCUGGAAGCAGCGCUGCAUCCGAUCCAAAAGCUACGAGAAGCUUUCAUUAAGACUGCAGAGUGCUUCAGACGAGGACUUUUGCGCAAACCCGGAAAUCGUCUGUCCGGAAGAAGAAGACAGCGAUCAGGAAGAGGAACCGAAGACUCCCGACACGGCAAAGCGAGUCACUUUCGCAGAAAUCGCGCAGCGGAAAAAGAACAUGUCGCUUCCAGUUCAACCAUUGAUCGACAGUAACGAAACUAAAGACAGGCUCGACACGGGAAAGCACUCAGACGAGGGCGUGUUUUCGGGCGAAUGGACUGAAGGAGGGAACGAUUGCGAGGAGAAAAGAAGGUGGUCGGAGAAGGAGAAAAAAGAGAGAUUGAAUUCUGAAGGGAUCGAGGUAGACGAAGAAGAGGAGGAUGAUGGAAUUAUUGAGAACGCAUCAGGGAACGAGGUAGCGAUGGAGGAAAGUUUGAAGCUGAGAAGAGAGAGUCUGGAGAGUGAGAAGGCCGAAGAAGCGUCCGGGCGGUCGAGGUUGUUUAGUGAUCCGGGGCCGAAAAUGAUGAGCGAAGUGACCCUCAGGGACAACGACUCGAGCCAGCGGCCGCUGAAGGCCCGCCCCCACUCCCUUCCCAUCAGGCCCUACGCGCUGGCGUUCCCGCUGAGCGGCCAGAUGCCGCGGGUCCGCCGGGUACAGAAGUGCCCGUCACUGAAAACGUUUAACGGGAUGUCCCGCCCGCUGGCCCAGCGUAGCCUGUCCUGCAGCCCCUACCGAAACCCCGCCCCAAUGGUACAGGUGCUGGAGACACAGAAAAAACCCCUAGCAGCCCUGAGACAGCUUUCGGGGGGUGGCCUUGGCUCUUCCAACAGCCACGCAUAUUUCCCCCUAGCACACCACCACCAGCCCCCCAAAAGCGCCGACUACCACGUAAAAGGCUUUGGUAACCAUGACAACCAGCUGCUGCCCCGCAGCGCCGGUUACCAUAGCAACCACGUGACCCCCAAGUGGGAGUUCCAUGGCAACCUGAGGUUCGAGAAGGUCGUAGUGAAGGAGAAGAUCCAGCCGCUGUUCCGAUCGGCGCUCGACGUUCACAAGCGCGGGAUCAAGGUCAGCGUGGUCAGCCCAGGGAACCGUGGGAUACCUGUCACUGUCUCGUCCUACCAGUUGCCUGCGAUGAAGGGAUGGCAGAAGGACGGGGAUGCGGAGGAGGAGAUGACAUCAUACGUUGCCAUAGAGACCCCGCCCGACAACAUCCCGCUGUCUCCGUCCUGCAGCGGAGAGUUCAUCCUGGUGGACCUCAGGAGGAAGAAAGCACUUGUGUCUGCAGUCAACUCUGCGGUGGACGCCAUCUUGGGUCACUUCGGAGAGGCAAGGGAACCCUCAGCCAAGGCCCGAUUAGGAAACAGCAGUAAGACCCCGAACAUCGGGCAUCUGGUCCUGCGUUACCUCUGUCCCGCGGUGCUCGCGCUGGUCGAGGACGGACUCAGACCCUUUCUCAGGAACCCGAUCGUCGGCAGGGUCAAGAACAACGUCUGGAACGUCGUGGAGGCUUCAACGCAGAUGGGCCCGGCCACCAAAUCCCUGCACAAGUUGUUCAACCACCUGAGCAAGACUGGGCAGAUGUGGGACGUCAACAUGAGGUUCAACGCUUUCGUCUGUGGGCUGCUCAAUUUGAAGGCUGUGGAGUUGUGGCUGACACACUUACAAGCUCGCUAUGACAUAGUACAGAAACAUUACAUCCCGGAGGCCUUCCUAACGCUGAGUUACACGGCAGGCAGGCAGCUGUUUGAUGAUGUGGUGGUGAUCGUGCAGCCUCUCUCCCUCCUGCCCUUCGCUCUGGACACUCAGUUCGAGUUCAACAUCAAACAAGAGGAGAUGGAACGAGAGAUUGGGAAACAGCGUCUUAAGGAGGAGGCAGCAAGGACGUCCCCAAGGUCAACCUUCCAGAUGAUGACGGGGAAACGGGUUCCACGGUAUCAACCAAUCAGCAGCGAGAAACAGGAGGAGCAGGAGGAGGUGUUGGUACAACAGGUGGUGCUGGACAGAAGACCAGAGGAAACUCCAGUUCAACAAGACCAGACUCCUAAAGAGGAGAUCGACUCAGCAGCUGGGGAGGAGCAGCAGCCUACAGAACAGCCAAAGAACCAGAACUGGUGGUUCCAGUUAAUGAACAGCACCCCUGUGGAGGCAGUAGGUGACAGGAAAACAUCACAAACAACAUCUACAGUAUCAGAAACCAGCAGUGAGGCAAACACAACUUCUGUAAGAAGCAAGCUGUGGCUAAGCAACCUGAUUGGAGCAGGCCCCAGGCCCAAUCAGGAGGCAAGGUCAAAAGUCAAGGUCACAUCAGAGGUCAAACAAGAAGAUGAACAGAAGCCUCCAAACGGCAGGAAGUCCAGAUGGGCCAGCUUCAGCUCCUCCUUCAUCCAGGCUGUGGACCGCGUCCUCCUCCCAACAUCCAGCCGGGCGGGGCACACUCCGCCUCCGUCUCCUAGGCAACGCCAUGGCAUCCCGACCCCACCCUCAUCUCCUAGGCAAUGCCAUGGCAACCAGAGCCCACCCUCGUCUCCUAGGCAACAGCAUAGCAACGAGACCCCACCUCCAUCAUCCUCUUGGCAACAGUAUAGCAACCAGUCUCCUAGGCAACAGCAUAGCAACCAGAUACCAUCCUCAUCACCUGGGCAAUGCCAUAGCAACCAGAUCCCAUCUCCUAGGCAACAGCAUAGCAACCAGACAGUGAGAAGAGUCCCAGAUGUGUUGCAGACCCAGAGGAGAGGAGACAAAAGGGUAGUGAAGGCGUUGUGUCAUCACCUAGCAACGGAAGACGGACAGCUAAGUCUGACGAAGGGCGACAUUCUUACCGUCGUUCAGAAGGUCGACGACGAUUGGCUGCUGUGUUGCCAUGGUGACAAAACGGGCCUGGUGCUGACCGGCUGCGUCAAUGACCUUGACCUCCUGUGAAUGACCUUGACCUGUUCUGACAGGUCAUAGGUGGUCUUUUCUAAGGUUGGCUGCAUCAAUGACCUUGACCUCCUUUGAAUGACCUUGACCUCCUCCAACAGGUCAUAGGUCGUCUUUUCUAAGGUUGGCUGUGUCAAUGACCUUAACCCUCUGUGAGCGACCUUGACCUUAGCCUAGGUCAUAGGCCAUCUUUUCUAUGGUUGACAUUUCUGCAGUUACAAUGCAUUAAUUUUCUAGUGAUAAUGUAUGAAAAAAAUCUCGCAAUGCUAGCACAAUCAUUGAGGAAAAACAGCUAGAUUUCUUGCAUUGCAGGCUCAAAAGUGUUUUUUUGUCUUUUAGUGCAAUAUUUGACUGCUAAUGAUAAACCUGCACACUAGGACAGUGUUUGACUAAAGACACAUGAGAAUUCUUACUAAGUCAGGAAUGGAACAACAUACAUUGUACAUGUAUGUUACAUGCUGAAGUGCAUGGUUGUAUAACUCUCCAAGCAGAGAUUGGGCUUGUUUUGUCUUUUUUAGGUGUUUUAAAACCUCUUCCCAGGCUUUAUAUGUUGUCAUUUUUUCUUUGGGUAUAUU